UCCACUUUCUCACCCUCCUUCCUCCUGAUCUAUGCAUUCCACGACAAGAGAAAGCAAUAAAAGCUGAGAGAGGAUGCCGCCGCGACAUUUUGCUGCGUCGACAGGGCGGAAACUGGUAUGUCGUCUCUGUUCUGAGAUUGAAAGCUGCUGUUAAUGAUUCGAUUAUAGCCGCCGUUCAUGACAGGCACCGAGCAAGCUACACCCCCUUCCACAUCUGAGACAUCAGCGCCAGCAUCUUUGAGGCCGAAAACUGCAUUUGAACGAGCGCGCGAGGCGGAGGACGCGAAACGGCGGCGGGAGGAGGAAGAGACGAGAGCUGCUUAUGAGGAUUUCGUGCGUAGUUUCCAGGAUGAUAGUCAGUCUACGGUUGAUUUUGUGGGGAGUGGUGGGAGCGGGUAUCGUGCUGGCGAACAGAGCAGGUUCGUCCCACCCAAACGGAAGCUCAACUCCUCUUCCUUUGAGCCAGCAGACAGAUCAGAAGACGACAGCAGCAAUCUGCCAAAACGACGACAACUCGAUGCGCCGCUUCUACGACCGGACCAGGCGCGGAUGAAUCGACUGUUCUCCACCGACGCAGAAGCAGCGCAAGAAACUGCGCGCCGCGAGGACCAGAUCGCGUUGGCGGCGCGUACUCUGUCGCUUGGGUGCGUGCCUUCUGACGCGACGGCCGAGUUUGUAAGGCAGAUAUUUAGCAGUAGCGGGGUUGGCACUGUCGAGCAGGUUAUACUCCAGCCCGCCGCUGCUGAUGGGGAACCAAGGAAAACAAGAGGGAGGACUGUCUCUGUGGUGCUGCGGAAUGCGGAGGAGGUCGAGCGGUGUCGGACGACGUUGGACGGGAAGUAUCUGGGCCGCGGGUACUGGCUUCAGGCGUGGAUCGGGCGGAACGCGGGGUUGAGCUCGAGAUUGGAGCGGACUGGAUUGCCGUUCAAUGCCAUGGAGCUUUCGUCCUCGCGAGGGGACGGCGGUCGGCGGCCUCCUCCCUCGCAUGGUGGGUCGUGGGCAGCAGGUGGCGGGACAUGGCAGAAGCAGGCAUACGUGCAUGUGCAGUACCCGAGCUCGCUGAAAGACCUGCGACGGAUCCACGCGAUGGUCGAGAACGUGAAAAAGCACGGCCCAGAGUUUGAAGCCGCAAUCAUGCAUCGCGAGCGGAUGAACCCUGACUUUGCGUUUUUGUUUGACUGCGACCUCCCCGAGCAUGUGUAUUACCGGUGGAAACUGUGGAGUCUCUGCUCUGGCGACGGAAUCGAGACCUGGGAUGAGAAGCACACGCCGACCGAGAUCUUUCGCGGCCGCGAGCUGUGGAUUCCCCCGAUCUUCACAUGGACGGUCGAAGACGAGCUGCGCAGGCUCGAUGGCGAGGAUAUGGACGACGAAGAAGAGGCGCAGAAGAAACUAGCCGCCAGCAGGGGUGAGCCCGAGUGGACGCCUACUUGGCUCGGACCGACGAUCCGGCUGCAUCUGACUUUGCUGCUGCAGCACAUCUCGAUGCGGCGGGGCGCGAUUGCGCGGGUGAUGGCGUUUGCGAUCGAUAACGCGUACGCGGCCGAGGAGAUUGUGGAUGUGAUUUGCCAGAGCAUCGUGAGUAAAAGUGCGUCGACGCAGAUCCGGGCGGCGCGGUUAUGGGCUGUCGGCGAUAUUUUGUAUAACUCGGGCAUGGGCGUCGGAGGCGUUGCUAAAGGAGUUUGGAAGUAUCGUACUCUGUUUCAGACGAAGCUGGUUGAGGUUUUUGAGGGGUUGAAUGAGGUUUAUAGAUCGUUCGAGGGAAGGAUUCGAGCUGAUAACUUCAGACGGCAGAUUAUGUCUAUAAUCAGUGUCUGGGAGGGAUGGAAUAUUUUCACUCAUGACGCGUUUACUACCAUGACCAACAAAUUCCUCGGCACGGAAGACAAGGCGAGCGAGAGCGAGAAUGCUCCGCCGUCUGCGGCUGUACCGGUGGAUAAAGCAAGUAGCUUUCGCGCGCUUGCUAAUCGCUGGAAAAAAAUUGAUCAGCAGCAUCGAGAAGAAAAGGCAGAGGAGCCGGACAAGGAGAAGGAGGAAGGAGCGGUGGGGAGUGAUGCGGGUGAGGGGAGUGUUGCGAUUGAAGAUCUUAUCGAUCCUGAACUCGACGGGGAGCCGAUGACGGAUAGCGACGAGGAGGAGGAGGGUGAGGUGGAGGUCAUAGAACAGUGAAGUUGCUCUUCUGUAAUCAUUGUAAGCUAAUUGGUGUUUCCGUGUAUAUACGUUACUUUGCAUUUAAUGGACAUUUUCC